AUAAAGGAAUGCCGUAUCCAUAUGUUUAAUAUCUAUGGUAGACAUACGGUUCCAAAAUGUCAGACUUUUUAUCGCUGUUAUCACAGUGACACUGUCGUGCUAUCAGUUCUACGACUGCGUACAACUAGACCACAACAUACUCAUUAUUCACCAACACUAUAAGGAAAACGAAAAAAAGAACAACAAAUUGUAUCAUGCGUGUCUAUGCAAUAUAAUAUUGUGUUCUGGCCAUAAUAUUAUAUUAUGUUGAAUGUUAUACGAUUAUCAAUUAAUUGCAAUUUGAACUACGCUCAAAACGUCGACGUGAUUGUUUGUACCGUUUAAAAAUGCUUGUAGUUGCUGACCUUUACCUCGCACAAAUAUCCUAUUAGAGUAUCGAUUGCGCACACAAGCGUUGCGACGGAAAGCGAGAACCUAUCGUGUUACUUACUCGUACCCGCACAUACCAGCACACAUAUUCAAAAUGAUGGUCAGACCGGAUCCAAUUAACAUGGUCAAUCGUGUGCGCCGGACCCUGAACAACGCGAUCAGGGAUGAGAACUUCUACAUGGCUCAUCAAUUGUACAAGUCGCUCUAUUCCAGAUACAUAAGCAUGCAUAACAAAGACGCUGCCAUAAUGACACUUCAGGAAGGAAUUAUUGUCCUGUACGAUAAUCAUCAAGUUGGAAUUGCUACUGAUUUAGCACAACUGUUUGCAAAAUCCUUGUCAACGCAGCAUAUCGUUCCUUCUGAACAAAUGUUUGAUUUCAUAAGAGAUAUAUUCAGAAAAUUUGGUCCGUCACUAUCUGCAGAACGAGAUACCAUGUUGAAUACAAUCAUACAAUGGACAAUUGAACAUUGUCCAGAAUACUCAAUGGGACACCCAGGUUUACAUAAACGUAUAGGAUAUAUCUAUUGGUCAGAGGCUAACUUUGAGUUAGCACAGCAUCAUUAUUUGAGAUCAACAGAUGGUUUGGCAUUUGCAGCUAUGUUGGUAGAAAUGCAUAAAACACGAGGAUUAAAAUAUGAAGUUGAUUUAUUUAUAACACAAGUUGUACUGCAAGGGCUGUGUAUGCGUAACACAUCAAUUGCACAGUCAACAUUUCAGUCAUAUACUAAAUUACAUCCUGCUAUAAAUGAUGAACCACCAUACAUUUUGCCUUUACUCAAUUUUAUUUGUUAUUUACUAAAAAUAUUAGAUGGUGGAAAGCUAAAAACUUAUAUAGUACUUUGUGAGCAAUAUCAAUCAUCUUUGAUCAGGGAUCCGAGCUAUACUGAAUAUUUGGAUAAAAUUGGGCAAAUAUUCUUCCACGUCAAGCCAUUUGAAAGGAGACCUAGACAACAACAUGGAUUUUUAGAACGUGAAUUUCAACGUGACAAUACGUGCAAUAUGUCUCGAAAAGAUCUCUCCCUAAAGGAAAAAAUCGCGAUAUUAGACAAAGUUAAAUCGCUACCUCCAGGCACUUCACAGCGUAAAAUCGCUGAAAAAUUAUGCGUUCCAAAAUCAACGGUGGCGAAACUGCUCAAAGAAGAAGUCAUUUUACGCGAAAACUUCAAUUCAACUCAAACUGGUAAUCAAAAACGUAAACGAGAAGGGAAAGAUCCCGAAGUUGACGAGGCCUUAAGUGAGUGGUUUUCAUUGAUAACAAGUCGCGGUGUUCGCGUGUCUGGGCCAAUGUUAAAAUGUAAAGCCGAAGAAUUAUCCCGGAAAAUUGGUAACAAUCAGUUUAUUGCCACUGAUGGUUGGUUAAGCAGGUGGAAGAAUAGACACGAGAUAAAAUUCAAACGUGUGCAUGGUGAAAAAGCAAGCGCUGAUGAAUCCGCCUCUAAUGAUUGGAAAGUUGACAGGCUAAAAAUAAUUUUGAACGACUUUUCCCCAGAUAACAUAUUUAAUGCAGAUGAAACUGGACUGUAUUAUCGAGCGACACCCGACGGUUCGUUAUGUUUCAAAAAAGAGGUUCUAUCUGGUUCAAAAAAAGCAAUGGACAGGAUUACAGUCUUAUUAUGUGUCAAUAUGACCGGGAGUGAGAAAAGAAAGCUGCUAGUAGUGGGGAAAAGCUUAAAACCUCGAUGUUUUAAAAAUAUGUCUAUAAAUAAAAUGCCAGUACAUUACCACGCGAAUAAAAAUGCAUGGAUGACUUCAACCAUAUUUUCAAACUGGCUAUAUGAAUGGGAUAAGGAAUUACAAGCAAAAUCUAGGUCCAUACUUCUUCUUAUUGAUAACUGUGCUGCACAUCCAAAAAACGUUCAACUCAAAAACAUCACUUUAGAAUUUUUGCCCCCAAAUACGACAUCCUUAAUCCAACCCUUAGAUAUGGGUAUUAUCAAAAACCUCAAGGUGAAAUAUAGAAUGAAACUAGUUCAUUUUAUUCUAGAAAAUAUUGAGGAAAACCUGUUAGAUCAAUCUGCAACUGCUAAUCAAAUAAGUGGCAAAAUAAACAUAUUACAAGCGAUACAGUUUGUAUCCGAGAGUUGGCGAGAAGUUAGCUGCUCGACUAUUAUGAAUUGUUUCGCUCAUUGUGGAUUUUCUAAUUUUAUUGGUCCGCAACCUGAGUUGACUGAGUUGGAUGAACAAUAUUUUUUUGUUCAAAACCAUAAAGAAUUUGAAAACAUUGAUGAAAAUGCUCCCUGUUUUGAUGUUAAUGAAGAAAUUUGUGAUGUUGUAGUACAAAAUGUUCUUAAAAAAAGGAAGUUAGAAGAUUAUGAUGAAGAAGAAGAAGAAGAAGAAGAAGAAGAUACCAAACCACCAGUUACAGCUAGAGAGGCUAAAAAGUGCAUUGAUUUGUUGCAGAAGUUCUUCAUGCAAGAGGGUAACGAAAAUAGUCCGUGUGAUAAGCUUGAAGCGUGUGCCCAUUUUGUUAACCAGAUCCACACUAAACAGCUUAGACAACAAACAAUUACAACGUUUUGUAUACCUUCCACAUCCAAAUAUUAAUUUUAUUUAUUGUAUGUAU